AUGGGAAGAAAAGAAUCAAAACUCACAAAGAAGCCAGUGUUUAUGCACGACAAAAUGUACAACAUCGUUCCAGACAUAACGACAACUAAUCGAAUGCACGGAUUGGAAGAUAUUCCUACUAUUCCGAGGCAGAAACCCCUUCCGCUCACAGCUACCGGUAAAAAGUACGAAGCACUGCCAAAUCUGUGGGAUGUUCAUGCUCCAUCUAGAUGUUACAACAAUGCCGCAUUAACCAGACCCAAUCCCUGCAUCAGCCCCGACAACUUAUCUCAACCUGACGUAAAGAAACCCAGAGUUCCUCUAGCUUGCUUGGACUUAAUGAGUAUCAAACAAAAAAUCGACAAAGCAGAAAAGAAGGAAAAGAAAGCCAAAAAAAAGAAGUCCAGACCUGCUCCAAAGCAAAUGACUGCAUACCAAGAAGAUAAAACAAAUGAACAAAACGAGAACAAUCUUCCAUUGGCGCAUAUUCCCCGUCCCCCGGACAACCCCUUAGACCCUUCAAAACCAAGAAGGAUUGUCCGAAUCAAACAGGAUAUGUUCAGCCAAUCCCUGGGUCCUGAGAAGAUUGCAGAAAUAGUGAGCAUGGUUACCGGUAAUCAAGAAGGAUUCGGCUACCUUCAACAAACAGGUAAAAGCGACUACCUGAAUGGAGAGGAGCAAUAUGGGUACAUUAAUCCCGACCCAUUCUCUGGAUACAUCCAUCCGGCUGACACGUUGCCUGGAGUCAUUGAUCCAAAUCAGGAAGUAGGAUUUUUCGAUAACUUUCCUGGAUAUAUCCACCCAGCUGACACGUUGCCUGGAGUCAUGAACUCAGAUCAGGAGAUGGGAUAUUUCUUCCCUGGAUAUAUCCACCCAGCUGACACGAUGCCUGGAGUCAUGAACUCAGAUCAGGAGAUGGGAUAUUCCUUCCCUGGAUACAUCCAUCCAGCUGACACGCUGCCUGGAGUCAUGAACUCAGAUAAGGAGAUGGAAUAUUCCUUCCCAGGAUUUAUCCAUCCAGCUGACACGCUGCCAGGAAUGAUGGAAACAGGUCAGGAUAUGAAAUAUUCAUGUGAAGUCCCUGGAAUGAAUUCGUUCAGAUCAGAGAUUUCUUCUGACAGUUUAGGCGGGUUUCCUCAAAUUCGGUGCACUACAGUGACAAAACCCGAGGAUACGUCAGGCUACGUCAAACCAAGAACUGAAAAAGACAGUUUGGUAGCAAACCCCCUGGUCUUACCUAAACCUCAGAGGCAAAUAUUUAAAUGCGCCAGUCCAGAACAAUUUAAAUCUUUGCGUCAACGCAGCACUACGAAGUCUACUCACAAACAACGCUCCAAGAACACCAACCAGAAACUUCUCUCCAUCAACUCUAAUGUGACCAUAUGAACAGGAUAUUAAACUGUCUUGAUGUGCAGUUUUUGCAAUGAACAUUUUGUAAUAGAAUCUGAACACUUGAUGCUGCAAGUUACUGUGCUUGGCGGGAUUUAUAACACGAACGUUAGGGAGUUAUGAACUGUUGUGUGUUUACUGAUCAGCUACAUCUCCAAU